AUGCAGGAGUUCGACAUGAAUGAGACCAAGGGGGAGGAAAAUCGAAGUCUUCUCCCCAAAAGUCUUAGACGAGUUAGGAAUGUUAGGGUCGCUAGAAGUUAUUCCACCUGGCCGGGUCUUACCGUUGCUACUCUUUUUUUCGUCUGGUGGACAUGCUCUGUUAUAUCAGGUCUAGUGGGAUCUAGAGGACCGACUCUUGAUAUGAAUGGGGACAAGUACUAUGACUUUGAUGAGGUUGGAAGCAUUGUUGGAGAAGAUCAAGAUGUGAUUGGAUUUGAUCCUCGAGGUGUUGGAGCAACGACACCACGAGCUGACUGUUUCUCGUAUGGUGGGACAUAUAAUGGAGUAGGAGAUGAUCAGGCACGGGGAGAUUACCACAGAACACUUUUUGCCGCCACAGGGCAAGGGAUUGGUCUGGCUAAUUCGAGUUCAACGGCGUUGCGGUAUCUUGAUGCACGUGCAAAAACUAUUGCGAAGUUAUGCGCGGAAAAGGAUUCUCUGAGUGGAGAUAAUAGCAUCUUCCGACAUGCGGGGACACCGAGUGUUGCAAGAGAUAUGAUUAGCAUUAUAGAUGCGUGGGAUGAAUGGACAUCGAAUAUAGAAGAAUCAUUAGACUUUGAUUCUGCCGAUCUUGAUCCUUCUGAUGAGAAAGAAUCCUAUGAUAAUUCCCAGGAAGCAGGUCUAGAAACAAAGAGUAAGUUACUGUAUUGGGGCUUCAGCUACGGGACACUUCUUGGAUCUACCUUCGCAGCAAUGUUUCCAGAUAGAGUAGGUCGGCUUGUCCUGGAUGGAGUUGUUGAUGCCGAUCAUUAUGUUGCUCCUAUUUGGCGAGAGAGUCAACGCGAUGCCGAUAAAGUGUGGUCAUCGUUCUUUAAAUACUGCCAAGAGGUGAAGUCUGCAUGCCAAUUCUACAGGGUCAACGACCAGAUAGUCGAUAUUGAAGAGAGGUUUAAGUCUGUUAUUGAGAAUCUGAAGGAGAAUCCAAUAUCACUUGUUCUGAAGGAUACCCAAACACCUUUUCUUAUGACCUAUUCAGAUGUUAAAUUGCUCAUUUUCGGGGCGCUAUACGCCCCAAUACAGGGGUUUGCAUCUGUUGCUCAAUUGCUUGACAAUCUGGAACGUAGCCUCGGUGAUUGGUUCGAGUUCACUCCAACCCCGCUGUCAUACGAUCUCAAACCUGUCUGCGAACAUGCUCAGCCACGGUGGAGUUAUCCUAACGACGCGCAAAGAGCCAUUCUUUGCAGCGACAAGAAGUACCCACUUAAUCAUACAUUCCCUGAAAUUGAAAGCAUGUUUAAAGACCUAGAAGCCCAGUCGACAUUUGCGGAUGCAUGGAUGUCAUUAAUGAUCCAGUGUUCUGGAUAUAACAUCGAAAGUAUCGAUCCCCCUAUGCAAUGGGAUAACCAUCCAUCACACAGGCAAAAGCCAAUUAAGACUGCAUUUCCAUUGCUUUAUAUAAGCAAUAGCGCAGACCCUGUUACACCACUAAUCGCUGGUGUGAAGAUGGCCACAAAGUUCGUGGACGCGGGGUUCUUCGAGCAACAAUCCGAAGGACAUUGCACUAUAGCUGCGAAGUCUAGAUGCACGAUCGAGAAGAUAAGGGCAUACUUCCGUGAGGGGAAAGUCCCCGACCCUCCUAAACUAAAGGGGAAAGGAACGGAUUUUCUUGAUGGAGAUUGGGAAAUAUGUCCGACUAAUGAAUGGCCAUGGCAUGAAUAUCAGCCAAGUGCACAGAUAUCAAACGAGAUAGAUGCUGCAGAAAUAGGACGGAUAGAUGCAUGGGGCAGCAUCCGUGAUGCUUUCGCGCAAAUUGACAUUUGGGGCGCGAGGGGAUCCAAGAAAUUCGAGAUUGUAUUGUGA